GCUUUUGAUUUCUGCGAUUGUGGGGCUCAGGAGAUGAGGGAAUUGUCUGCAUACAGGUCAUGCACGCGCUAGGACGGCCUUUCUUCGUUUUCGGGACCUUUGCGAACGAGACGUGAGACAACGUGAUAUGCCGUCUGUUGGUUCUGAUUUGCACCCGAACCCCUUCUUCUUUUGCAAAGUUGUAUCUCCAACGACAGGCGUGCUCAUGACUCACUUUGAUUGUAUUGUUGUUGGUUCAGGUCAUGCGGGGAGUUUUUUGAUAGUCGAUAAGUGUCCUCCAGGUUGGGUAGGGGGAAAUGGUUACUUCACUGCUGGGGCUCAUAGGACUGUGCAUGGUGGACUGCAAGACUUGCUGCCUAUCGUAAGCAAUCUGUCUUCAGAGGUAGUCGAUCGCAUCGACAUGGAACCGUACACUCGCGAUCAAUUCUUUGAGGACAUCAUGCGGCUCGGGAACGGCAAAGCAGACCCUGCGAUAGUUAGUGCAGUGGUUGACAAUUCACGGGACGCGAUACAAUGGCUUGCUCAAUCGGUCAAGGUCCCUUUUGUUUUCUCCUUCCAUCGCCAAGCGUAUGAAGUUGAUGGGCGACAAAAGUUUUGGGGAGGGAUGGUCCUUAGUGUAGAGGCCGGGGGAAAGGGGCUCAUAUCGGCACAUCAAGAUGCCUUAAGCAAGGCAGGUGUUGAACUUUGGUUUGAUACCCCUUGCGUGGAACUUCUGAGGGAAAGCAAUACGAUCGCGGGAAUUGUCGUUCGGAGGAACGGAGUUAAUAUUCCUCUGAAAACCUCUGCGGUUAUUCUCGCUGCUGGCGGCUUCGAGGCGAGUUCUGAACUAAGAACCAGGUACUUGGGACCUGAGUGGGAAAGGGCCAAGGUUCGGGGAACACCAUAUAACACGGGUGAUGGAUUUCAGCUCGCCCGGGCCGUAGGUGCUAGAACCACAGGUGACUGGGCGGGGUGCCACAAUACUGCCUGGGAUGCCGAUGCUCCAGAUGAUGCUGGAGCACGGGACGUAACUAACCAGUACACGAAGUCCGGUUACCCACUAGGAAUUAUGGUAAAUUCCGACGGGGCACGGUUUGUUGAUGAAGGUGAAGACUUCCGAAAUUAUACUUACGCCAAGUUUGGGCGGGCAAUAUUAUCACAGCCCGGAGGAAUCGCUUUCCAGAUUUGGGAUGCGAAAGUCAUUGGUUCGUUAAGGAAAGAAGAAUAUGGCGAUGGGAUUGUCGAAAAGACGAUGGCAAAUAACAUUGAGGAGCUGGCGCGCGAGCUAUCUGCCAAAGGAUUGAAAGAUUCGGGCGCGCUUAUUCGUACACUGAAUGAGUUCAAUGCGGCCGUUGAACGGCGCCAGAGAGACUUUCCCAACCAGAAGUGGGAUCCCGCAGUCAAGGACGGACUCUCUACUCAAUCGAACAGCUGCCAUCUUGACAUACCCAAAUCAAACUGGGCUUUACCGAUCAAUCAACCUCCUUUGUAAGUCGUAUUCUAUUGACUACUUGAUUCGGAGGCUUGUCCAUCGAUCCAGACACUGCUGGAGUCAUCUCUGAUGAGUCUGGACAGCCCAUUCCAGGUCUCUUCUGUACUGGAGAAAUGGUUGGUGGGGUUUUUUACAAUAAUUAUCCUGGUGGAAGUGGUUUGACUGCAGGCGCAGUAUUUGGGCGCAAGGCCGGUGUUAGUGCUGCAAAGUUGCGACAGUAGGAUACAUACGUAGCCUGCGUAAGGAAGCUCGAUUGAUAUGACGUCAACAUCAAACAAGGAUCUGGAGCAGCAUCGUUUAUUAUUACUUUGAC